CUGGCGGGCUGAUUCAAAACAAGAUGGAUUUGAUAUCUGCGCUACACUUUCUGAAGUUAAAAGAAGUUCCAGAAGCCUGGGUGGAUGAAGUGUGGGACUUGGAGUUCACAGAGCGAAAGCCACUGGAUGAAACCGUAGAGGAGGGACUCGCACACAGUGGAGACAAGGCCUUCACAACCCUGUACCAGUGUCUGCUGGCCCACGCUGCUGAACAGCAACAGUCUGCAGGCAGAGAUGGAGGAUCACGGAGCAUUUGGGCGACUCUGGGGGAGAACGGGGUGUCUGUCAAGUCUCUGGUGGCCGUGCUGUCCUCCUUUGUCCUGGCGGGAAAAGCCAAAGCGGCCAGUGUCCAGCAGAGAGUGAACAGUCUGCAUGCCGCUUCAGUCUACCUGCUGCUUCUGGGAAUCCCAGGAAGUAUCGCCAACAAGGUUUUCCAUGAGGUUUUGUUGGACACGUGUUCAGACCUGACCUCUCACUGCUAUCCUCAGGACACUGGGAAGAAGCGCAAGAAGGACGGCCUGAAGAGUUCUCAGGCAGACGGCAAACGCUCCAAACCGCAGAGGAAAGACCCUGUUGAGAUGGAAGUGGAUGAGGAAGAGGAGGAGGAGGAGGAGGAGCUGCAUUUCUCUGGCCAGGACUUAAUGAAGCUCAGGGAUGCUGUAGUUCUCUUGGUUCAAAGCCUCCUCAGACUCCUGCAGACAUAUCCACUCAAAGACAGACCACAGAGCGCCAGCAACUGCACGGAGAUCUUCAGUAAGCUGCUGUACUUUGAGCCGGUGAUUGGGGAGCUAACCUUCGAUGCUGUGCAAGAUAUCAGCAAGCUGAGGAGUGUUCCUGAGAUGGCUUUCUACGGCCUGCAGCUGCUCUGCUUGCCAAAACACGGAGACCAGAAAGAAUCCCUGCGCAGGGUUUUCCACCGGCUUCUCUACGUGAUCCUGAUGAUGAAUAAAGUCAACAGAGGGAAGCCCUCCCUCCUCGUAUGCAGCCAGGCCAUCCUCUCCACCCGCGACCAGGCCAUCCAUUUUGUUUGUCAUCUUGUGGAUGAGCUGAAGGAGCUGGCACUGCCUUUCCUACAAAUCCUUUUGCAGCAUAUCUGCUUCCAGAUGGUGGAGAAGAGCGAGUAUCGAAGCCAUGGAGCCCAGGCUGUGGGUAUGUUGACGUCUCAGAUGACAAGUACAGACUACGCCCGCUUCAUCAAGUGGCUGUUUAACUUCUCCAGAAACUCAAAGAUGGUGUGCCGGCUGUUCUCCGUGGACGUGGUGAUGGUUUUGCUGGAGCAGCCAGAGAGGAGGCCAGAGGACUGUGAGGACCCUGACCUCGCCUGCUUCCUGCCGCACAAGUUCCUGAUCCAGAGCCUGCUGUUCGCUCGGCGGAUGGACAACUCUCCCACCGUCCAAGGUCACGCCCUCGCCUGUCUGGCCCAGUGUCUGGAGCUGCCUUCACUCAACGUCACCCGGGCUGUCCACAACCUCUUCUCUGCCACUGAAACCCAGACAGUGCUGGAAGGUGAAAUCACGGAAGGAAGUCUGAGUUCUCAGCAGACUCAGAAAACUUACCGCACUCUGCCGUUCAGGACCGUGGAGAUCAGCAGCACCGACGGCCCCGGCUGUGACGCAAAAGAGAACCUGGCUCUUCUUCUGCGGCGUGUAAAAGACUUGAAGAUAAACGUGAGGAAAUCGGCACUGCAGGCCCUGGUGGGUCUCCUGAAACACGACGUGAUCCCCAUGAGCUCGGAGAACCUGGCUACGCUGUCUGAGCGCUGCAGAGACCCGGCUGUGUCUGUGAGGAAGAAAGCCCUGCAGUGUGUGGGAGAGCUGCUCACUAAUAAACCAGAUUGCAGCGUGGUGCAGAAAGCGUGGUUGCAGGGUGUGGUGCCGGCAGUGAUGGACUCUGAGAGCUCAGUGCAGGACAAGGCCCUGGAGGCUCUGGACCAGGUGCUGCUCAGCCAGGUCAAACCGUACUCUGCCAGCCGCCACCUAGAUUCCAGCCAGAGGCUGACCUGGGACCUGCUGGGCCUGCUUUGUCACGAGUGCCAGAACCUCAGCCGAUAUUUCAGCAGGGCCUUCACCAUCUGGUCCAAACAGAACAAGUUCACACCGACGUUCAUCACCAACCUGAUCUCACACACUGAGGCAGAUCACGCUGCCGGGGCCUGGCUGCUGCUCUCCAAGGUAGUCGCUUCGUCCCCCGUACUGCCCUAUGGCAAGAUCCUGGAUGCCUGGGACAACAUGCUCAGCUUUUCACAUCCUGACGAGUGCCAGGGGGAGCUGCCAGCCUCGCUGCCUCUGUCCCAGUUCAAAACAAACUCUCUGCCUACCAGAGUCAGAGCGCAUGGAGUCAUCACUUUAGGUAAACUGUGUCUGCAGCAUGAGGAACUAGUCCAGAAGUACCUGCCAGUGUUUGCCAGGGAGCUGGAGGUCGGCACAGAGGUCGCUGUGCGCAACAAUGUGGUGGUCAUUAUGUGUGAUCUGUGCGUUCGAUACACCAACAUCGUGGAUCACUACAUCCCCAACAUCUCCGCCUGUCUGCGAGACAAUGAAGCUGUCAUCAGACAGCAGACACUCAUCAUGCUGACCAACCUGCUCCAGGAGGAAUUUGUGAAAUGGAAGGGUUCCCUCUUCUUUCGCUUCAUGGUGGCGCUGGUUGACCCUGUCCCUGCCAUCGCCAGUCUGUGUGAAUACUGCCUGCUCCACCUGCUGCUGAAGAAGAACCCAGAAAUGUUCAGCCAGCACUUCAUAGAGUGCAUCUUCCACUUCAACUCCUACAACAAACACAAGUCCUACAACAAGUUCACUCAAAGUGAGAGAGAAAAGGUUCAGUUCUCCCUGAAAGGAGCUCGGCACCGUGACAAGCGCUUUCGGAUCUACCGCUUCCUGUUAGAGAACUUCACAGAUGCCCAGCGCUUCAACAUCACCAACAAGAUCAACCAGACUGUCUUAGCAUGCUUUGCUGAUGAGGAGCUGCCUCUGGAUGCAGAUGGUGCUGAAAUUUUGUCAGAGACCUUCAACAUCUUGAGUCUGAAGGAGAUGAAGCUGCAGGCCAUAUCUACUGCAGCUGGAGGCGCUGCAGGGGAGGAACCAGAGGAAGAGAACAUGGCCAACAUGGCCAAGGCUGUCCUGCAGGCGGCACAGAAGAAAGUGGUGUCACAGGUCCAGAAGAAGGCCUUCGUAGAGAACACAGUUCCUCUCAUCAUUGGCCUGAAAAACCUGCUGGAGCAAAAACGCUCUCCUGUCCUCCGAGACCUCAUGGCCUACCUCCAGGUGACGAUGCAAGACUACCGUAAUGAGGUGAAGGAGUUUUUCUCCGGAGACGAGCAACUGGCAGUUGAGGUGGAAUUUGCUCUGAAGACGGCUGAGAAGGAGAGACAGAUGGAGGAGCAGAUGGAAAACUGCAGCCUGAUGGAAGACACCAGGACUCCCACUGCACAGGACACAGUCCAGGGCUCUCCCGUGAGGUCCCGGCCCCUCGUCCCGUUUAGCUUUGCCACUCCACAGCCGCCACGUCCGAACCCACUGUCUGCCAGACUGGCACACACUGACAGAUGUUCUAAUGGGGAUCAUUCAGACUCCAGAAACACAGUGAUGACUAAAGGAGCUGUGAAUGACAGAGCCAUCAGCACACCGAAAGGUUUCAACAUCAACUUAACUUUUGACGAAGGAGUCAGUGCGAUCUUCAGUGACCGAGGAACAAGUCUUGUUGGGGAGACCAGUGUUCUUCAUGUCAGGUCAAAUGAGCAGCAGUAAGUGUCUUUUGUCACUUUCACAGUUGUGGUUGUUCAGGGACUUGUAGUUUGAAGGAAUGUACAGCAACAUAAUGUUACC